AUGGCCGUGGACUACGCCAAGUCCGAGAGAACGAGCUGCAGUUCAUGUGGUGAGCGCAUCCUUCAGGACGCCUUGCGCUUCAAGGUGCAGAAAAAAUGGUGUUGCAUCGAAUGCUUCGGUUCAUCCACCACCACUGAUUGCAGUGGCACAGAGACGCUAAGCAGCGACGAUCAACGUAUCGUGUCGGAGCUCCGGCAGAAGCGGAAGUGCCCCGUGCCGAUCUUGCAGCAGGCCGAAGAGCAGCGUGCCGUGCGCCAAUGCCUCCGUGAAUGGCAGCGCUGGCCGGGUCCCGCCGGUCCCGAGGCGCCAGGACCUCCAGGAUCCACGGCCGUCUGCGAGGCCAGUGAGGCAUCGGCCUCCGAAGCAUCGACGGAGGUGGCGGAUUCCAAAUGGUUGGCCCAGGCCUUGGCAAAGAUUCAGGCGUCCUUGGCUCAGACUGAAGACUUGGCAGACAUGGCAAACUGA